AUGACUUCGUUCGACGCAUACACUGAUCGUGCCGCCAAGGCUCUUGCAGACAGCUUCGAGCUGGCCAAGGGCUAUGCGCACUCUCAACUCACACCUCUACAUCUGGCCGUGUCGCUGAUCGACCCGCCCAAGGACCUAGCAAACCAGGUCGACAUCCCCCCGCCGCCGCUGUUUAAGCAAGUCCUCGAACGCGCCAAUGGCGACGCACAACUCUUCGAACGCGCUCUCAAGAAGGCCCUGGUACGGUUACCGAGCCAGGACCCUCCGCCAGAGCGCACGUCGCCUUCGCCCAAGAUGGCAGAAAUUCUUCGCAACGCAGAAGACCUCAGCCGCACGCAAAAGGACAGCUUCAUCGCUGUAGACCACCUCAUCCAGUCCCUCUGCAAAGACGCUCAGGUACAACGAUGUCUCGCCGACGCAAACGUACCGAAUGCGAAGCAGAUCGAUAACGCCAUCCAAGCACUUCGAGGCACUAAGCGCGUAGACUCGAAGACGGCCGAUGCUGAGGAGGACAACGAGAACCUGAAGAAGUUUACCAUCGAUAUGACCUCAAUGGCACGGGAAGGAAAGAUCGACCCUGUCAUUGGUCGCGAGGAGGAGAUUCGACGUGUUAUCCGCAUUCUGACAAGACGAACGAAGAACAACCCUGUCUUGAUUGGAGAGCCCGGUGUCGGUAAGACAACAGUCGUGGAGGGUCUUGCUCGCCGGAUCGUCGACGCAGAUGUCCCCGCCAACCUGGCAGCCUGCAAGUUGCUCUCCCUAGACGUCGGUGCUCUCGUUGCUGGCAGCAAGUACCGCGGAGAGUUUGAAGAGCGCAUGAAGGGUGUUCUGAAGGAAAUUGAGGAUUCCAAGGAGAUGAUAGUAUUGUUUGUGGACGAGAUCCAUUUGCUCAUGGGCGCGGGUUCUUCUGGUGAGGGUGGCAUGGACGCCGCCAAUCUGCUCAAGCCCAUGCUCGCCCGUGGACAGCUUCACUGUAUUGGCGCAACCACCCUCGCCGAAUACCGCAAGUACAUUGAGAAGGAUGCCGCUUUCGAGCGUCGUUUCCAGCAGGUUCUGGUCAAGGAGCCCUCCAUUCCAGAAACCAUAUCCAUUUUGCGUGGUCUGAAGGAGAAGUACGAGACUCAUCACGGUGUUACUAUCAUGGACGGUGCCAUCGUAGCUGCUGCCACCUUGGCUGCUCGCUACCUGACUCAAAGACGUCUUCCCGAUUCUGCAGUCGACCUGGUUGACGAGGCUGCAGCCGCUGUCCGUGUCACCCGAGAGUCGCAACCCGAAGCGCUGGAUAAUCUCGAACGUCGCCAUCGCCAGCUUCAGAUCGAAAUUCACGCUCUCGCCCGCGAGAAAGACGAAGCCUCGAUCCAGCGACUCAAGGAUGCUCGCGCAGAAGCCGCCAACAUCGAAGAAGACCUCAAGCCUCUCCGCGACAUGUACGAGCGUGAGAAGGGUCGCAGCCGCGAGAUUCAGGACCAAAAGGUCAAGCUUGAGGGUCUCAAGAACAAGUUGGCGGAAGCUGAACGCAUGCGUGAUAUUCAGACCGCCUCAGAUCUGAAGUACUACGCCAUUCCAGAUGUUGAGACGCGUAUUGCAGAGCUCGAGAGGCAGAAAGCUCAAGCUGACGCUGAGAUGUGGUCACACCAGGACGGCGACGGGCACGCUCUCCUGAGCGACUCCGUCGGACCAGACCAGAUCAACGAAAUCGUUGCUCGAUGGACUGGUAUCCCGGUGACUCGGCUCAAAACAACCGAGAAGGAGAAGCUGCUCAACAUGGAGCGCCACCUUAACAAGACUGUUGUUGGUCAGAAGGAGGCUGUUAUCGCAGUCUCGAAUGCUAUUCGACUACAGCGCUCCGGACUUGCCAACCCCAACCAGCCACCCAGCUUCCUUUUCUGUGGUCCUUCCGGUACUGGUAAGACACUGCUCACUAAAGCUUUGGCUGAGUUCCUGUUCGACGAUGCUAAGGCUAUGAUCCGAUUCGACAUGUCUGAGUACCAAGAGCGACACUCUCUGAGCAGGAUGAUCGGUGCGCCUCCAGGUUACGUUGGUCACGACGCGGGUGGUCAGCUGACCGAGUCUCUCCGUCGGAAGCCCUUCUCAAUCCUCCUCUUUGACGAAGUCGAGAAGGCCGCAAAGGAAGUCCUCACCGUUCUCCUGCAGCUCAUGGACGACGGUCGCAUCACCGACGGCCAAGGCCGCAUCAUCGAUGCGAAGAACUGCAUCGUAGUCAUGACCUCCAACCUGGGUGCCGAAUAUCUUUCCCGUCCCAACGCUCCAGACGGCAGGAUCGACCCCACCACCAAGGAACUAGUCAUGGGCGCUCUGCGUAACUAUUUCCUUCCUGAGUUUCUCAACCGUAUCUCGAGCACCGUCAUCUUCAACCGUCUUACUAAGAGGGAGAUCCGCAAGAUUGUCGAUGUACGUCUGGGCGAGAUUCAGAAACGUCUUGCUGCAAAUGGACGGAACGUUCGCAUCGAGAUGUCGACAGAAGUCCGCGAUUAUCUUGGCUCAGCUGGGUAUUCGCCUGCCUAUGGUGCUCGACCGCUUGCCCGACUUAUCGAGAAGGAGGUUCUCAACCGUCUUGCGGUGCUCAUUCUGCGAGGUGCUGUCAAGGAUGGAGAAGUUGCGCGGGUGGAGUUGGAUGAUGGUCACAUCGUUGUUAUUCCUAACCACUCAGACAGCGAGGAAGAUUCUGAGAUGUACGACGAGUCUGAUGCAGUAGCGGAGCUAGAGGACGACGAGGGUGGCAUGGAUCUUUACGACUAG